CGACAAAAUUCGAAGUGAGUGUAUGUGUUUCGCUUUUGUUUUUGUGAAAUAACUUUAAAAUUGGAAUAUUUAACUAAAUUCAUACACUUGUGACAUUUCAAUUUAUAUGAAUCAUUGCGUUUCCAAAAAGAAGUUUUGUUUAGUGUUUUUGAAAAAAGAAUACAAAGGAAUUCGAUAGUUUUGUUUCAAGUUUUAAAUAAAAACUGUGUAUCGUAUUACUUUUGUUAAUAAAAUCUUGAGUUAUUGUGUUCAAAUAAGUUCAAAAACUUUACUGUGACCUGGAAUGUUUUGUGUACACGUAUAGUAAAGUUUAACGGUGUGUGCCUGUGUGUACAAGGUGUUGCUAAACCAGUUUUUUCAUAGUCAAAAUGUUGCCGCGAAAAAGAAGCAUUGGCAUACUCCUCACUCUGCUGUUUCUCAUUAAAUCUUCAAAGCAACAUAGCAAAGGAGCUCCACCUACUGCGUGUGUGGACCAGUUACCCCGCCACUCGACUCCGAACAUCCAAGCUCAGAUAUCUCCACCGCCGUACCUCAUAAAACCUUCGUCAUCACAAGUCCAUCAGGGGGGGUUACUCGGUGUCACCAUCGGCAGUCCUGUUGGCGCGCCAGUGCCUAUUGGAGGAUUUAUUUUGCAAGCUCGGUCUGUGCAGAAACAAGACUUAAUAGUGGGCAAGUUUGUCUCCCUGCCUGAUCCACUGAAGACUCAUAUGACCAGCUGUCGUGGGGAAAACGACACGGUGACACACUCUAGUCCUGAGGAGAAGCCUGCUAUGACCUUCCAAUGGCGAGCGCCAGAUGACUUUUUGGGAAGCAUUGAGUUCAGAGCAACAAUUGCACAGGACUACUCAACGUUCUGGCGCGGCAUAGAAUCACCUCUGGUGGAAAUAGUCAGGAAUGACACCGUCAUCACUACUAAUGCACCUACGUCUACCUCACAAACUAUCACACCUGCGCCACCUGUUAUUUCCGAAUCCAAGCCAAAACCCGAAAACUCUCAAUUGGACAUCAUCUACCGAGGUUGCGGUGACACAAAACUAUGCUUCGGCGUUCCCGAAAACUGCGCCCCUUCAGGCACUUGCGACGCAAUCGUCGCUGUGUUCGUUGCUGGCGACCAAUAUACUUUCGAGUUGCAAGCUAGUGGCAAUCCUAAAUAUGUAGCUGCGGGCCUGAGCAUGGACAAAAACAUGGGAGACGAUAACGCCAUGGAAUGCGUUAGAAAUGACAACGGGCAAAUCAGACUGUUCACCUCAUGGACGUACCCAAAAUCGGAACCAUACGUUGCGAGGUCUGAAUCUCCACAAAACAUAGUACAGAUGCAAGAGUCUUCGGUUAUUGACGGAAAACUAUACUGCAAGUUUAAAAGAGACGUUGUGUCCGAAGUGAAAGGACAGACUUUCGAUCUGGCGAAUAACAAGUACCAUCUCAUGAUUGUAGCUGGUGACAGUAUGAAAGAUGCCAACCGCGUGGGCUUCCAUAACAAGGUGUACGCGGCAACUGAAGAGCCACUCGCGUUAUCUACAGUGGGAAAUGCAGGAGGAGCAUCCAAAUUGUUGCUGAAGUUACAUGGAUGCUUCAUGUUGACCGCUUGGAUUGGAACUGCCUCUCUUGGUAUUCUACUCGCCAGAUAUUUCCAACAGACGUGGGUAGGAAAACAAUUAGGUGGCAAGGAUAUUUGGUUUGCUUACCACAGAAUCUUCAUGGUAGCGACAUGGCUGCUGACUGUUUGCGGCUUCAUCCUGAUCUUCAUAGAAGUUGGUAAAUGGUCGGACACUGGAGACAACCCUCAUGCUAUUACUGGAAUUGUCACUGUUAUCCUCUGCUUUAUCCAGCCGAUUGGAGCUUACUUCAGACCACACCCUGGCACAAAAAAGAGACCUAUCUUCAACUGGUUGCACUGGCUGGUUGGUAAUGCUGCACACAUUUUGGGAAUUGCGACAAUAUUCCUGGCUGUGUACCUUACAAAAGCGGAAUUACCCCGAUGGAGCGUUAACAUCUUGGCCGCCUUCGUUGCUUUCCACGUCAUUAUGCAUAUAGUGCUCUCUCUUACAGUGUGCGUGUCCGAUGGACGUAUAAGCAACGGGCGGGUGAACGCAUUCCCCAUGAAAGACAUGCUGGGUCAGACGCGGCAGACCACACAAAUUGACAGAAGUAUUGACGCGCCGUAUUCAGGCUUCAGGAAACUGCUGCUGUCGAUAUACGUGCCUAUCAUAAUCCUGUUCACUGUGGCCAUGAUCUGCCUUGUCGCAUUAGCGCCUAUCGCCAAUAAGUACAAUUUAAUGGGUGCUUAAACAAUUAGUAUUAAGACAGUGAUGUAACAAUAUAGUAAAAGGGCUUGGCAAAAUGGUAAGCCCGAACUGAACCUUUGGCUUGUUAAGAGUUACACAAAAGUGAUUAUCAUAACAUGCUUAACAUCUUUAAGGCAACAGUCUUUAUUUCCCAACAAGUCCACAUUUUAUUGUUACACCAUUGAUAAAAAGGUAUUUAGAUGAUAUUUAUGAAGUCUUGAAGUCAUCAUUUGUCCACUGUAAAAAUAAGUUUUGUAUUCUAAGAUCUGUGUGAAUGAAUCUAAUAUUACAUAUUUAAGCCUAAGCUAAAUAAAAUAAUAAUACAGUUGAACAGUAAAUAGUUGUAAGCACAAUUAUAGAUUUUACACAAAAGCGUAACAUUGUCUAAUUUUAAAUAUGAAUCAAAUUCAUAUUUUGUAAACACUGUUGUAUAAGCAAUUAAUAGAUUCAGGCAAUACUUUGCGGAAGUCCAUGUUAAUAAAAAUGGAAGUAAAAUAAUUUACUACAUCGCAAACCCAUUCUGAACUAGUUGAUUCUCCAGCUGAGUGUCGAACAAUCAACAACCUCUGAGGAUACCUCGUAGAAUACAGAGUAUAUUUUUGGUGGUGGUGUCUGCGAUUGUAGUUGCACUUGUGUUAUUUGUUUUAUUAAUUUUAUGUGAAAGGAAGGUGGAUAAAUUAAAACUGCAUGAAGUAAUACUCAACACAAGCGCAGCAUCUUUGCAUGAUUUAACCUACACUGGGUUUGCGG